AUGGCUGCUGAUCGUGCACGAGAAGAAGUGCGGGACAUUGUUGCUGAGCCGAAGAAACAGCUGAAACGAAUCAAAGACGAGAUUCAAUCGAGAACGACAGAGGAAGACUUUGUGGAAUAUGAUCUCGAUCGAUGGAUGGAUGAAAUAAAGCAGAUGAAUGUAGAUAUAAAGACCAUGACAUCGACGAUUGUCAUCGAAAGUGAUGAUGAGUGUGAGUGGAAGAGAAUGAUCAAAGUGAGAAAGAGGGAGCAUCAGAGUCAUGUGUCCAAGUCACCACAGAGAAGUGAGAAGAGAGUUAGUGAAGUGAGACAACUCGACUUCAAUAAACUCAAAGCCAGAUCGCAGAGACAGAUUAAAGUGGAUGGAGAUUAUGGGGCGAUAGGUGCAUCUGAUAUGAAGUUGCUUUACUGUGAUGAAGAUACACUGAGUUUAACUGAUCGAGCUGGUCGUACGACAAACACACUUCAGUCAAGUGGAUUGUAUGUCUGGGAUAUCUGUUGGUCAUCGUUUCUUGACAGAUUUCUGAUAUUGACUCCGAGAACUCUUCAUUCAUUGAAUGUCCAAACAAGUGAAGUAACACAAAUCAAACAAACGUCAGACAACAAGAAAGAAGACUUUUUGAGAUGUACAUGUUCACAUCAAAAUUUGUUGGUGAGUUUUAAUCACAACGGAUCAGUUGUUGAAGAGUGGAAUAUGAGUGGAGAAUGGAGAAUGACGAGACGAUGGAAACCACCUGUGUCGUGUCAACAAAAUGAGGUUAUUGACGAUAUUCGAUUUUCAUGUGAUGGGAGCCAUUUAGGAAUAACAGUGAAGGUAUAUGGUCAAUCUAAUCAGCUUCAUGUACGAGAUCGAUCAAUGAACAUCCUCAACAACAUUACAUUCCCUUGGUUCGAAUACGGGUAUAUGCUUGUCUCUCUUCCAAAUGGACAAUGGCUGACACAUGAGUGGAAGAGUAAACAACUUCAUGUCACUGACAGAGAUGGUAAAUUAAAACAAACUCUCACAUAUGAUAAGAGUGUGAGGAGAAUAGCAUUAUUAGGACAAACGUGUCUUGUUCUCCGAACAGGUGACAAUGAACUCUGUUUUCACGAUUUAUGA